AUAAGAAAAGGAAAAAACAACACGCACACACACCCAUUGUACGUAAUCAACUAUAAUAAUCACUUUCUAAAUGGAUUGAUCAUCGUCCAAAACAAAAAAGGAUUGAUCAAAUAAAAUAGGAAACUUUGUAGAAUAGAAAAUAAUAUUAAAUAUAAAAUUUCAAAUACUAAAUCAUAUUUAAUUACAUUUAACAUAUGUGUUACGUCAAAUAUGGGUCGUCUCCAUUUGAAUUAAUAGCAAACUCAAACCCCAACUUCCACAUCCAUAAAUGGAGCCCGCUUCGUUCUCUCUUUCACACUUUGUGAGCGAAUUUCAUUUAACAUUCCUUCUUGUGGGUAAACAAACUUUUGAACAAUAUACAAUCUGGAAGAUCCACACCUCUAAUGGAACGUGAGCCAUGUUGAUGAUUACAAUGGACAAUGAUAAAGACGAAUCCAUGAUCUGUGCUUCACGUUUUUGAUAUUGUUCUUCAUCUCCUACUCAUCCAAUCAAUGCCUGCACCGGAAUUCAGCAAUGGCCGUGCGUACAUAUGGAUCACCGCUUGUAUCUUGUUCACCUGCAUCGUCGCCGGCGGCGCCUGCCUCGUCGCUUACGUGUUGCUUCCUGAAGACCAAGUGGAGUCUUGGUUGCCCGUGGCUGGGGUGGUAUUGGUUUGCCUUCCGUGGGCGUUUUGGCUCUUAACUUUCAUAUACCGAAUCGUUUCUCGUGCCUUCGGAUUUAGGGUUAGGUUUGGGGGUGGAGGUGGAGACGGAGGACGAAGAGCUGGAAAUGAGAAGAAUUACUCUGGAAAUGAUGAUAUUGAGGGUGCAGGUGGUCUCGCAAAUGGCAAGGGAGAUGUUCAAUUCGGAGAAGCCGGAGGAGCGGCGGCGCGUGGUGGACUGCAGAGGACGUCGUCGUCUGUUUCAAACGAGAGCGAAAUGCCAUUAGCGAAGUCGUUGAAUUCGUGAUCGAAUUGGGAAAAAAUUUUGUCGUGUCGUAUUUGUGGCUCUUGCCCUCCAUGCAAGAAAUUAAACUGAUCA